AAACUUUAUAAGAGCGAAGGAAAAAAUUAAAAGGACAAACGAAAUUUCAUAGCACAAAUUAAUUUAUUCCCGUAUCGGGAAAAACGAGGGAGCAACGACAGGGGCGCUGCGAGCACUGGAAGCGCGACACUUCCUACUUAAGGAAACAGCACAAUGGCUGAGGACCGAAAUAAUUCUCAAGGGUUGGUUGGGCAGGCGCACACGAUAGAACAUGGUUCGUCUCCACCUGCAGUAUCGGCACUUUCAACAGGACCAAAUGUCGGGAUCGUCGCCGGUGUUACAUCAGCGACAACGAAAGAUAAUCCAUCGAUUCAAGAUAAUUCGCCGCCUCGAAGUCCAAGAACAUUAUUGUUGCAGCGUGGAGAAAAUGGUUUUGGCUUUACUCUUCGUCAUUUUAUUGUUUAUCCGCCAGAAUCUUGUUUCAUGCUACCAGAUCAUGAACGAACGAAAAUAGAUGAGCCAAUGGAUACGAUAUUUGUGAAACAAGUGCGCGAGAACUCUCCAGCGGCCGAAGCAGGUCUACGAACAGGGGAUCGGGUCGUUUCUGUUGACGGGAAACCAACACGCGGUGAACAAUACGCAAAAGUAGUUCAACGUAUUCAACAGGCAGGACCUUGGCUACGGCUUCUCGUGGUUUCCAAGGAGGACGAUAUUUUGCAACGAUAUUUCGGCGAGACGGCUCAUAAUCCUGAAACGAAUCAACGACCGCGGUUACGUUCCCCGGAAAGAAGUGGGCAUAGGCAACGUAGAUCUGUCAGUAUGAUUCCUGGUUUGUCGCCAAGGACGAGACAAUCUUGGGUUUGUUCGGCACCAAGUUCAAUGCCUACGCCGUUAUGCCAGGAUCAAGAACUAGCUCGACCAUUGAUCGACGAUGGCGUUUCCAGUCGGGAUCAAGAUUUUUCCGAAGAAAUUCAACAAUCGUCGGAGAGUAAUGACAAAACGCAAUCGGCUAAAAGUACGAUUUAUCGUUCUAAACCUUCCCAAGAAAUAAUUAGUCGUUACGAGUCGGUGGAAGACAACAAAGUAAAAUUACGUAAUCAGCCGCAACAAUUAGGAAAAGAUACAUCGAAUUUAACCGUAAUGCAAUCAUACGAUAGAUCCAUGCAAUCCGAUAUGAAAUAUAAUGAUAAAUACGAUCAUUUUGACAGGACGCGUUCCGAAUCUAUCUAUUCGAGAACCAAUAGCGAUCAGAUUUACGAUCGGAUCAAAGAUCCGAUAUAUGAACCUGUUCGAUUCGGGGAAUCGUUAAGGACGAAUAUCGAUCAUCAUUCUUCUCAUCAUCAUCAUCAUCAUCAUCAUCACUAUCAUCCUCAUCCUCCUAAUUAUCAUCAUUAUCAACAAGAAUCGCCACAACAACAACAACAACAACAACAGAAACAACAGCAAUCUCAUCAACAUUCGAGUUUGACACGAGUUCCUUUAUCCCGAGCGGAACCGCAAGUACCUAUUUAUCGGCCUGCUUCAAAAAGAAUCAGUUCACGUCGAGCAAGCGAAGGAAGUACCAGUGGCUCGAUGAUUAAUAAUUUUGAAACGGCAAGCUAUCUUAGCACGGACGCGCUUAGAUCCUGCGAGCCACGUUCUAGAUUCGGUAUCGAUUCCAGAAGGGAUUCUUCUUCGAUCCAUGCCAACGACCCAUCUUCUUACGAAUCCAGUUCUACUCUAGUCGGGAACGAAGCGAAUGAAAGUAGGAACGAAAAUGGAAGAAACGGAAAUUUGAGUGGUCACAGAGCGAAUAGUGGGACGAGUUCGAGCAGCGGAAUAAAUAUCGGAAAUACGAAUAUCGACGAUUCGAUUAUUAUGACAAGGCUUCGCAAAAGUUUCGAACAAAAAGAAGAAUUUUUACGACGGCCGAGUCAACCGAUCGGUUGGUUUCUGCCCGAAGAGAGAUCGGAAUCUCCUGUUCGAAACAAUAACAACGGAACCGUUAUUCCAAGAGAAUUCUACGCAAGACCGCAGAAAUUUCAGAAACAAGUUUGGCCACCGACCGAUUCGAAACAAGAUCAACAAUUGUCGAUAUUGAAAAGUGCUCAAAAUAGUAACAGAACUUUCCCUGGAAAACUUGUGUCCGAUAAAUCCUCGUCUAAUCAGAACGUUCAAAGAAUGAAGAGCAGUAACGAUGGGGCGGAAGAAAUUGAUUAUUUUACUUCCCGAAACGAGCAAAUCGAAGAAACUUCUAACACGACUCAUCCUCUGGAGUAUAUGCAUCAGCAAAUUGUAACACCUAACGUAUGUGAUCGUUUGAGUACUCCGUCCAGCUGUGACGAUAAUCGAGAUUCGAAAGAAUCUGAUAAACAUCAGCAACAAUUACAACGAAAUGUAGGCAAAUCGAGCAAUUUUGUUGGAACUUUGUCUAGAAUACACGAAAAUAUAGCGAGCGUGGGCGCUUUACUUUCCGGUGAACGACAAUCUAUAGAUGGGAGAAAUGGCGCUUCUUCUUUACCUUCGUCUCCCGGACCUGAGAAAAAGAUGAACGAUAAAUUCCCUAUACUUCCGCAAGGACUUCAAAUCGUAUCGAAACGAGCCAAACAAUUCGAAUCGGGCCGACUUUUGAGCGACGACGAUGAACCGACUGGUGAUCGUACUAACCUUUAUCGAAGUGAACUUUCAAGAUUGUCGAACAAACGUAGCGUACCAAAUGUUGCUGUUCGGAAAAGAGAAUUCGAAUCGAAAGCCGAAGCUCAAGAACCAAGGAGAUUACCACCUGUAUCGACAAGGGAAACUAAAUCUUUGGACAGUGGUAGCGGAUUAAAAGGAAACAGAAUAAUUCCCAUAGGCAGCAAACAGAUCCAUUGUGAACCACCGAUCAACUAUAAUACUUUAGAAGAAACAUCGAAUCCAAGAAUCAUAGAUGGGGAACAUGUACAAUCAAGAAUUCGUAGUAAUAGCGCAGAAUCAUGGGAGUCGACGAGCGCGAAUAACAUGUUGGAAACUGCUAGGCACCAUUGGUCACGAAGACAGGACGACACUGAACGAAAGCGUAAUAUAAAUGGAAAUGAUGAUAGCAUUUAUGUGGAUACGACUAGAAGUAGCGACGAAAAUGCGAUAAUUGUCGAGAAAGGAUCUAGAAGUCAACAACAAGAUGAUUACACGCAAAUCAUUAAAACUGAACACGGUAUGUUACCAUCGGAUAAUGAUACGCACAAUAACCAAGUUGUAUUCAGACGACAAAAGAAUACGCAGAUCGCGGAUGAAGAUCGUGCCACAAGAAGAGUGUCUUACUUAAAAGCAACUUGGGGUGAACGAAUUCAUGUUGACAGUGAUUUGGAAUUAAGCGAUUACGAGCCUGUUAUUCAUACUUCUAGAAGCAUUCAUAAGAGAUGGCGGCUACUUCCAAACGAUAUAGCAUCGCUUCGUCGCAUCUUCGAGGAAGUGACUCAAUCUGCAAGUUUAAACAAAAAUAUUAAUCGCGGCAACACUCGGGAACCAGCUGUCACGGAUAUCGUAAAAGAUGUUGGUCAAAUGGAACGAGAAGGACCUCUGCAUGUAAAAUUUACCGUAUUAGAUGGAAAGCGAUCUUCCGAUCGUUCAUGGAAACAAUUGUGGGGUAUUCUUCGUGGACCUAUUCUCUUCUUUUACAAGGAUCGUCAAAAUCAGAGUCCUUCGUUGGCCUGCGACGGUGAAAAUGUAGCUCAAAGCGUGGACGUAAGAUGUUCCCUUGUAGAUAUCGCAGAGGAUUACACGAAACGUAAACACGUGUUACGAUUGGCCAAUCCAAACGCAGAAGUUUUACUGCAGACCGAAGAUGCGGCAUCCAUGGCACUUUGGUUACGAGCAUUACAUGAGCAUGCUGCCGCUGAAAAGCCAUCUGAAAUUGCUCAAAAUAGCACUUUGAAGCAACAAGCUGUCCCACAAACACCAGGACCUACGAAUAGUUCUUCACCAUGUCAAAUGAACUCUGUAACAAUGACAGUGUCGACUAGUAGUGGUAGCGGUAGUCAACGAUUGAGUCCUCUUCCAGGACACAAAGGUAUCAAGAAAUUAACUUCCUUUAGGAACAGAUCUCCGACCGGACAAUCGCCGAUAAAUAAGACUCGAAAACCGAGUCAAACGAUCGAUAAUUUAGUUUCUCCGAAAACCAAGACGUGGAAAGGUAGAGUUGCGAAACAGUUACGAAAAAUGCACGGUCAAACGGCAUCUCCUUCAUCUCCAACCACGCAAUUACCACCAGAAGGUGCUACUUUUAAAGUUCCACUCGAACUCUGUCCACCGUCAUCUUUCUCAGAAUAUGUACCAUUGAUCGUCGAAAUGUGUACCAGUAUUGUCGAAGCGAGGGGUCUUGAAGUGGUUGGCAUUUAUAGGGUACCCGGUAAUACCGCUGCUAUUUCACAUUUAACAGAUAGCGUGAACAAAGGUUUCGAAAAUAUUAAUCUCCAGGAUCCUAGAUGGAGCGACGUAAAUGUAAUAUCUUCUCUUCUCAAGUCCUUUUUUCGGCAACUCCCGGAUUCGUUGCUUACUGCAGAAUUAUAUCCUAUGUUUAUCGAUGCUGAUAAAGUCGAAGAUCCCCAGAGGAGAAUGACAACUAUAAGAAAGUUGCUGAGAGAUCUUCCAGAACAUCAUUUCGCAACUCUUAAAUAUUUAAUGUUUCAUCUGAAAAGAAUAGUUGAACAUAGCGAGGUUAAUAAAAUGGAAGCAAAGAAUUUAGCCAUUGUAUUCGGCCCUACUUUGGUUAGAGCAAGUGGUUCUCGGGACAAUAUGGUUACUAUGGUUACCGAUAUGUCGCAUCAAUGUCGGAUCGUCGAGAGCUUAUUAAACAAUGUCGAUUGGUUCUUUUCGGACGAUGAUUUGGAUGAUUUAAGUAGAUUGAGCGUUAAUCUUAGUCUUCCAGCAGACACUAGUGAGAUCGAGACAACAACUUCCAGUAAUAAUCAUAAUCUCUUGUUGAACAAUAUUCAAAAAGUCGAAGGAGUACGCGAAAUGGCAUCCGCCAAAGACAUCGUGUCAUCCAUCAUAUCCGCUGCUAAUCGAAAAAUACAAAGAAGAAGAAAAUGUCAAGAUGAGACGGAUAACGAAACUCACGAAGUCGAUAAGCCGAGGAUGAAACAAGAUACGGAAAAUCUACAAAACCGACGAAGUAUGGCAUUGAACGAGAGGCAAUGUUCGGUCAGUGAGAUCGUUUUGAUGCACGAAAAUCAAAAUCAAUCGAAUCGUUCCAUCGAUCGUUCCACUGAUCGAUCCGAUGAUCGAUCACCGACGCUCGAUGGUAUCGCACAUGCUAGCACCGACGAUAUAAUAGCCGAUUGCGCCAUUACCAACCGUGAUAUGUUAAACAAUCACGAUAAUGUCGUUCCUUCCGAAAAGUCGAACAAAUAUUUAAAUCGUACGAUAGAGUCGGUUCCAUCGAUGCAAUCACCGAUCCAUCGCUCGACCGUCUCGUCGACUUCGGAGUCGUCCCGACUCUCUAGCGAGACUGGCCUGAGCUGCUUCGACGCAAGUUCGACACUUUCGAGUGCCUCGAAUGAUACCAAGCAAAGCAACGACGAGAUCACGAUAAGAACGUACGCUGGUUUGAGCGCAACUACUCAGGAACGUAUACGAAGAUUCGAACAGGAAACAAAAGCAAUGUUGCAGAGAGAUCAAAAUCGACAGAGGCGAGAAGCUGAAAGGAGAGAAGAAGAGCGCCGGAGAAUCGAGACGGAAUGGCAAUUGGCUAAAAAUGAAAUGGAAAACGAUGAUUUGCUCGAUAGUAUAGUUGACAGUACUGUAAUGACACCUACUGCUUAUCUUUCAUCCGCAACAAGACUUUCCAACUUCAACGAUAAAUCUUAUCUUGAUAUCGGCUCUCGAUCGACCGGUCGAGUGCCACAUCUUUCGAUAGCCGUACAACAACAACCUACGUCCGUUAGACGAGUGUCGCUACUCGCAAACGAAUCUACUACGAUUUUACCUCAAGAAAACAUCUCUGAUAGUACUAUUAAAAAAUUGAAAACAGACACCGAACAAAUAUUGGAAGGUUCAACGCUAUCGUCUAUUCGUUACGGUAGCUUAGACUCUCUGCACGAAACGCAUGAAAUUUCUCAAUCGUCACUUUCGCCGACCAAUCAGCAACGGAAACCGCUUUCGAGCGAUGUCUCGGACGAUGCUGGAUCUUGUUUUCUACAAUGGACUCAGAAGAUUCUGACCAUUAACAAAAAGCUUUCUAGGCAAACGGCAAAUCCCGGUUUCUGGUGGUACAUAUCAUCUCACCUACACGGUACCGCAAGCCCCCCUGGCCCCGCCUCGAAGACAGCGGGCCCAUCGCCAAUGCCGAUGUCGAUGCCGAUGUCAAUACCACUGUCAAUGCCAAUAUCAAUGCCGAUGUCGAUACCAAUGCCAAUGUCGAUGCCAGGGCGAAUGCAAGUACCAGGGUCAGUGUCAGACGCAGACGACAUCGAUGUCGUGCAACGAUCAUCGACACCCAUCGCAUCCUCUUCGAGAGUACCGGCCUCGGAGCCCUCCGAAUUCUCGGAGCCUAUCGAGCCCGUCGAGCAGUCACCACCGCGAGGGGUGUCUUCGGGCUCAGGGGCCGGAUUGUCUUCCAAGACUUUAAACAGAUUUCUUCGAGGUAGUGAUCUCUUGACCAGUUUGACGACUACGUUCGAUCGUAAAUGGAGAUCCCUGGUAAACUCGUCGAAUCAAACGAUUCGCGGAACCACAAUGGAAAAUUUAUCCUUGAGCGACGAGGAUGCUGUGAUAACACAGCGAGAUUCACAAAACUUGCGAAAUCAACGGGGAGGAGGAGGAGGAGGAGGAGGAGGACUACGAGAAGAGAAGGAUCAGGAAAAAACGACCAUCUCUCAAUCUUCUUUCUCGAUUGAAAGUUAUCGGGAUCCGAGUCUCCAUAAAAUGUGUAUUGAAAAGCAUCAAUAUGAUCGGCAAAAAAAUGAUGCUCCGGAAAAGGAUACAGAUUCAUCGGUAACGGAGAAUAGUAGCGUCGAUCGAUUGGACGACGAUGCCAUACCGGACAACGAUCGAAGUGCUAUCGCGCGAAAAAAGAUUGAAUCGAGCAAGGAAACGGUUUAUGAAUCAUCUCCGGAUACGAAUCAAGCGCAAGAAUACUGUAGAAUUGAAAAAGAAGCAUCGGUAAAUUUAUCACAGAGUGACAAAGUAGCUGAUGAUGCGAAGGAUUUGAAUCGACGCGAUACCGAUUCAAAUUAUUCGAACAAGCUUGAAAAAUUUGAAAGUCUAACAAAAUUUGAAGUCAGAUCACGAUUAAAAAGAUCGGAAUCUUUGAAUAAGAGAUCAGAAAAUACUUCGUCCAAAUUGAAAAGAUCCGAAAGUUUGAACAAACAUUCUGUCGAAAGGCUCUCAUCUCCGACCAAUGGCAAGUUGAAGCGAUCUGAAAGUUUGAACAAACAUUCGGAGAGAUCCGAUUCUCCGAAUAGUAAAUUAAAACGGUCAGAAUCGUUGACAAAAACUGAAAAAACUGAAUGUAAUAUUAGCAAGAGGCGACAAUCCGUUAGAAAAGAUAGCGCGACGAAAUUAAAACGAAAAAAUGGUAUGCCUGAACGAUCGAUCAAACGUAGGCAUACUGUAGGUGGUACCAAGGACUUUGAUAAAGUACAUUGGUUGGAUAAUAAAUUGCAAGUCGAGGCUGAGAGAGUGGUUAAAAAUGAGUAUAGACCGAAGAAGAGUCAACUCAGAACAAGUUCACCGGAUUUAAGUACCGGUCGUAUUGGCCUUACCGAUGCUAGUUUUCUUAUAGAAGUUAGCUUUCGCGGCCCAAGUAAUGUCGUUUUUAACGUGACUAAUGCUCGUCCACAAUCCUUACCGGAUACUAGUUUAGCUUCCAAAGUGUUUAAAGUACCUCUCGAGAGUCACGUAUAAUAUUAUAUAAAGUAUUGCAUUGAAAAGGAAAUAAGAAAACAAAACUGCGAAGAUAGAGAAAAAAGAAAAAGAAAAUAUUAAUUAAUGAAUUAAAAUUCGUUAAAGCACCAACGUGUUUCUUUUUCAUCAAGCAUUUAUAUCGCAGCGUGUCAAUUAUUUACGUAUCGUACUUGUAAAAACGUGAUCGUGUGCAAUUUUUUGUAUAUAUAACGUAUAUAAAUUAUACAAAUUAUCGAAUGCUCUGCAAACGCGGGUAUGUAUGUGUGUGUGUAUGUGUGAUGUGUACAUGCGUGUAAGCGUAUAUUUAUAUACGUACGUACGCGUGUACACUCUUUAUAUCGCUACAACAAAAAAAAAGCGUUGUAACCCGUAGAUUUUGUAUUUCUUAAUAAUGCAAAAAUGUUUUCACGUAGUUUUAUAUUCAAUUAAACAUAUCGGCUGUGUGAUGUGUCGAUCAAAUUGAUUGACAUUUAUCAUUUGUUUAUGCAUUUUAAACAUAUUUGUAGAGUAGCAACGAUAUCCACGAUCUACGUUGCUUUUUUUCCCAUUGCGAAUAUUAUUCGUUCCUUCAAUUAUAUACACGAAUAUAAAAUAGACUGGAUUUAUUGAUACGUUUAAUCGACGAACGAAAUAUGAUGUUUCUUUUACUUGAACAAUUGUGAUUUCAUUCUUGAACACGAUUGAUCUAUAAGAAACCAUGGAAUCACGUAAGGCAGCUUACGAGCCUGACAAUCUUAGACUUGUAAGAUUUUCUUAAACUUGUAAAUACAUAUUAGGUAUGUACGCAAAUGGAUGAAACUUUAAGCCAAUGGCAAAGCGAUAUUUAUUUUAAAUCCGUAACAAUCGUGAUACUAUUAUUUAUUGAAUAUUCGAAAGAGAUACCUGAAAUUUGAAGAACUAAAUAUGAAUAUACAUGGUAUCGAAUUUGUAAAUAAAUCUUAUAUAUUGCUUAUUUAGAAAGCAAUCAAACAUUUUAA